AGGACCAGCCUCAUCAGUUUAAUCUCAACAAGCUAGCCAAAACAAACCACUUCCGGUCAGCAAGUUCAACAUAAAACCUCUUUUAUGAUCUUUGCCAUCUUUCGACAAACCUAAAGUCCGCUGAUAGCAGAAUAUAUCCAUAUUAAUGCGGUCUGACUAGAUGACAGCCACAUAUUUAUUCAGAAAACCACGCACAGGACGAUAUCCGGAUAUUAAAAAUACUUUAUUUUGACUGCAAAUCCGCUCCGCUUCCGGGUUUUUCCUCUCCUCCGCCAGCCGUCCAACUUGACGCGUAUCCAUGGCAACCGUUGUAGCCACAGCAGGUCGGCUCAUCUCACAGCGCGUCCCGUUACCUUCACUGGCGGCUAACAGAGAAGGACAUCGGGAAAAGUUAGCUGGUGGAAAAUAAAUGUCGCCGAGUUGUUUUAGUUCAGGUGGUGUUUGGGAAAGACAUGACGCCCUCACAGAGAGCCCGCUAUGGAUGUGAGGCGGCAGCACGUAACGCUAAAUGGAGGCUUGCAGCUCCUCCGGUGCCCUUGUUGAAGCACGCAGGUGGGGCACCCCAGCCAUGGCCCAUUCACCCCCACCCAAAGGGACAGGUUCACAGGUCCCACUUCCCUCUUCCUCCUCCUCCUCCUCACAUCCCGCUCUUCCACACCCGGCAUGCAGAAGAGAGCGCCGAGAGGCCCCGUCUGGUCACCAUCGUCCGGCCCUGUGGUCAAAGCACGCUACGCAAGAUUGAUUUUGCAGAAGGUGCUUUCCCAUUUGGCAGUCCAUCAGAGCCGUUUUCCCGGCGAACUAACGAGUCAAAAAGACAACUAACCAGGCAAAGAGACUUUCACAACCUGGUAACUGUCCUGUUGAACCGAAGGGGCGUGGUGUCCUUCGAGCAACUGCUACUCGAUAUCUCCGAGGCGUUGGGGUUUCCUCGCUGGCACAGAGCCAGGGUCACACGCCUGUACACGACCCACGCACGAGAGGUGAAAGGGGUUUGUGAUUUCUUCCGAGGUGAGGUGGCCUUCCUGGCGCUGGGGAAGGCUCGUCCAGAUCUGGGCGGUGUGCAGGAGGCUCUGGAGGAGCUGUUUCCAGAACAUUCCCUUUACCGGGCUGAAGCUCUGCGGGCCUGGGAGAAAAGACUUCGUCCAGGGCCGGAUAAAGCAGCUAAGGCUGACAGCGGAUACAGCGAGGGGACGGACAGCAGCGAGACCAACCAAGAGACACAAGGGGACACAAAUAAACACAUAAAAAAUCACAAUAAUACGCAUUUGCUUCACCAUACAGACACACUCCGGCCUGAGAAUUGUAACUCAGAUGAUCAAAAGUGUCAUAAAAAGAACAGAAAACCCAUUCACCUGCCCAACCACCUGCAGAGACUGCAUGUGAGGGGCAGGGUCAGGGAGCGACAGCCUUCUGUCAUUGGUCCGUUUAAACAUGAGGAAGGUCUCCGAGAAGCAGACAUACCCUCUCCUGCUUUGUGUGAAAACUGUUUAGUGAGGCGAGUUAAACAUCAGGGUCCAGAGCGGGUUAAUCCACUGUCAGGAAAGGUCCCCCUUCCUCCUGUGUCGAGGAAGCAGAAAGGAAGUCCUUACACAGAACAGGAGGUGAGAAAAGUGCACGUUCAUAUCAGCCCCCCACCUCCUCCACCAAUCAGCAGAGAGGAGGAGAAGAGUGUUGCCAAGUUAAUACUUUCGGACCCACCUCCAGAUGUGGGUCAAAUACACCAGGACACACAGCAGAGGACGACUUUUGACCUUCCCUCGGGCAGCAGUGAUGUCACUCUGGCAGACAUCGAGCGCUGCUACGAAAUCGGACGGUUGGUCGGAGAUGGCAACUUCGCCGUGGUGCGAGAGUGUCACCGUCGUGACAACGGACAAGCCCUGGCCGUGAAGAUCGUCGAGCGCUCCAAGCUGAUCGGGCGAGAGCACAUGAUGCAGAACGAGCUGAGCCUCCUGGGCAGCCUUUGUCACCCUCGCAUAGUGCGGCUGUUCGCGCACCACCACACGCUCACUCACUCCUACCUGGUGAUGGAGCUGGUGAGCGGGGGGGAUCUGUUCGAGGCCAUCAGUGAGAGGGGGAAGUUUUCAGAGGCAGAAGCAGGACUGAUGGUGUCGGAUGUGAGCGAAGCCCUGAACUACAUCCACUGCAGAAGUAUCGUCCACCGAGAUCUCAAACCAGAAAACCUGCUGAUAGAGCAUGUGGCCGCUGGCGUCUGUAGACUGAAACUGGGAGACUUUGGCCUUGCCAUGGUUGUGACUGAACCAGUCUUCACCAUAUGUGGCACACCCACGUAUGUAGCCCCAGAGAUUCUCUGUGAGACAGGUUACGGUGUUGCAGUGGACGUAUGGGCUCUGGGUGUUAUUCUCUACAUCCUGCUGUGCGGGUUUCCUCCAUUUCGCAGUCGGGAUCGGGACCAGGAGGAGCUGUUUCAGCUAAUAAAACAGGGACAGCUCCACUUCCUGUCCCCCUACUGGGACCCCAUCUCAGACGAUGCCAGAGGUCUCGUCAGCGCUCUGCUUCAGCCGGAUCCCACGGUGAGGCUGAACGCGCAGCAGACCCUGCAGAAUCCCUGGGUGACGGCCAUGGCGUCAACCUGCAGCCAGAGGGCACUCACUGACAAAACUCACAGGAGCACAGCUGAUUCUGGAGCAGAACCAGACACAGUCCAGGGACAUGCCCAGACCAAUGCAGCAGUGGUGAUCACAGAGAAAACAUCAGGAAACAGGAGUGACGAGGGAGAAGUCACUCACAAAGAGCUCGACAGGCAUGAGAUGAACACAGGAAGAGGACAAAGUGAGGACAGACCACCACAGCGACAGUCUAAAGAUGCAAUUACAGCUCAGGCUUCACAGAUCAAAGUGCACACACCUUCAGGGGCCACACCUACAGACAGACAGGAUUCAGGUUCCAGGUUGUCAAACACAGACUAUAACCCAGGCAGUCCAGCCAGUCCGGGUGUCGGUCUCAAUCCCCUGGGCGACCCUGCAGCCCAAACCGACGCAACGCAACAUCACCCAUCCUCCAACCCGGUAGCAGCUUCUUCAUUACACAACCCCACCACAGCCACCGCCCAAAACCAACCAGCCGAAACCCGUAACGAGCCGAACACCCACACCACCACUAACACCACCCAACCAACAACGCAAUCUUGACCUCACCGUCAGUCUCCUGCGUGAUUAGAUCGGACUCUUCAGUUUCAUUGUUUCGGACAAUACAGCUGAUUUCUCUGUGGCUGAAUCCUUGAAUGACCCGCAGACGAUGUGAUUUACUCUCCUUGGGGUUGAAUGGGCCGUGAUUAAUGAGGCUAGAUAAAUCUCAUAAAUUGUGUAAUCCAUUUAUCCUGACAUGUAUCAUGACAUGUUGCGUAAUGACCGAGGAAUGUGUCAGUGUGGGAUUACAAGAGGACGACUGUGAAUGCCAGUUGAUCAAGUAGGACAUAUCUGCAGUCUGUCACUGUUUCGAAUGUUGCGGUGUAAUUGCGAAAAGACUUUUUAGUACAUUUGUGAAGUGUUUUUUUUUUGGUUCUUUUCUAUUUGUGUCUGCAGACCAUGUUUAACUUUGAGGAUGUUAUUGUAUCUGCCAUUUACUAGCGGGGGCUAUUUUUAAUUGCUUGCGUGACCACACACUGACCCAUCCUCUUUUUAUAUUCCUAGAAGUCUGUGCUAGUAUCAUUUACCUAGCAAUGUCUGUUUAUUAUACAAGCAUAAACUCAAACAACCUGUA